AUGUACUGGGGUACGGCGCUUCGCCGGCCUCCUUUGGGCCAUGGUAAGUUGAUCUCGACACGCCCUACCACUUCGCCAUCGCGACAUUCCUGCACGCAUGUACCCCUUCAUCGCCGACUGGCGGCGGCGACAUCACUAUCCCACUUCACUUUCGCAUCAUUUGAGCGGGACACGGUGACAUUUGCUGACUUCUCUCCAAGUGCACUGUGGGCACACAGUCUGUAUAAACCACUGGAGCGGACAUUCCUCUACCACGCUACUGUCGUCGAGCUCGCUGACUUCCUCCUGCAGUCCGGUAGCAGCACCGAGAAUGACGACGACAAGCCCACCAUCGCCGACGGCUCGAACACGAAGCCGAUGAGCGAGAAGGCUCGUGGCAAGAUGAUUGCUGCCCUCCCACCAGCUCCCAUCGGCACGCACAAUGGCACCCCUAGCCCGUCGAUCCCUCCGGUGACCUUCACUACCGACACCGGCCCACAGGUCGAGUGGAAGGGUGGCCACUACAUUCGAAUCGCCAAUAUUGCAAAGGACACGUAUGCUGACCUAUUCAUUCCUCCAGUGACCUUUACCACCGACACCAAGCGUUCAGAUGGCUCUAACACCAAGCCGACGAGGGAGAAGGCUCGAGAUACGACAGCUAGGCUUUCUUCAGCGUCAAUCGGCACUCAUAAUCGCACACCUAGCCCAUCCAUCCCUCCAGUCACCUUCACCACCGACACCGACCAUUCAAAUGCUAGACUUCCACCAGCGUCAAUCGGCACUCGCAAUGGUACCCCCAGCCCAUCCAUCCCUCCAGUCACCUUUACCACCGACACCGACCCUCCAGAUGGCUACAAUACUAAGGCGAUGUGGUGUCUUGGGCUCUGUUUACUUAGCUUACUUCCAGAACGUCAUCAUCUGACAGCACUACAACAGGCGCGGCACAGAGACCACUCACUUCAAGGUUUGCUUCAUGGAUUCGGGCAAGGCUGGUUAGAGUCACGCGCUGGAAGAGAGAGAAUUGGAGGCUGGAGUUGCUGUAGCAUUGACUGGAAUGAUGGUAUGAUUGUAUACUUAGAAGGAAUUAAUGUUGUUGUUCUCUUUGCACUGCAUUCCACUUGCUUGGCUGUUCAAUGGUCGUGCAUUUACUUUUCUGCAGCACUUCGAUAUCAUCGUCGUCGUCGAAGUCCCAUGUCUCUCACGCAAGCCCAGUAUCGACAGGCUUCCGCUGGCGGCUCUUUCCUGACCAUGUUGCUCUUGAGCCCUCGCAUCACCGUGCGUCACAUCCUCUUCGUCUUGCUACACCCCUGCUAUGCAUUCGCUCAUCCUUUCCACCCACUGAAUCUCCAUCUCUCUGUUGUCGAUUCCAAUUCCGUUGGUAUCUCAUUCCUCAGGACUGUGGGAAGACGAGGACGAGAUUCUGGGGAAUGGGAAGGGAAGAGAGAGGAAGCUCGUUCUUCUGGCUUCUACUACUUGGUUUCGGCCUUAUCGUCUGGGCUUCUGACUCCAGAGCGCGGCUUUAGAGUGAAGAUCGCCGGCUUUUGCGAACAGAAUCUCUCCGAACGGACUUUUUUUUCCAAGGUCGCUAGGGAGAUUGAUUCAUGCGCUGGUCGUGUCGUCUCAGAAGAGUGGGCGUGUGUGGUCGCUCACGCGAGGCUCCGCAUGAAGUACUCCCACCUUUUGCCCUCAGAUAAUCAUAAGCAGACUCUUCCCUGGGGAGCGACCAACGCCAGUCUUCAAGUCAUACGCAACCGGCUCGUGGACGGUGAGCUGAGCGUGCUGGAGUUGCCGCCAUGUGGUAUUGCACUUUGUGCCGUCCUCGGCAGUCUUGCGCUGAGUGCUGAUACUCGUCUGAAAAGCGGAGUCCAUGCUGUCCAUCGUGAAGGUCGGAAUUACCUUGGUCGGUGUCUGGCUGGAGGCCAGGAUGCGAUUUCUAGUGUGGCGUCGCUCGGGAAAUGCGUCCUGACUGUCUUCUGCUUGGGUCUGAAGCUCUUCCUAGCGAUGUCGUCUUCUUUUCCACUUUCGUCGGUUCUCUCAUCACGCGGUCGCCUCUCCUCAUGUCAUUCUUUGAAGUCGUUUGCUGGGGCCGCUCAGCGUAUGGCUCCUGAGUGUCUGUCGCUUGGUUCGGAUGCCCGUCUUGAUGAUAUCGGCCUCUUCGCCGUUUGCGCGCGACUUCAUGAGCUAUGCUAUGGUGAGAGUUGCGUGGUUUCUCUCAUCGGCGGCCGCCCCCUGACGGUCACCGUCUACGUCUGCUCGAUCUUCCUGCCUGAGCGCAUCUUUACAUCCUUCCGCCACCUGCGCGCGCGACGCUCGCGAGGCGUAGAACACCGUUUGUUGGCGAAGUCGCGCAAGUAUGUGAGCCGAGAGCAUCGUGCGAUACCAACAGGCCUCAUCCACGCCCACUAUGAGGUGCUGGUACCUCAUGCUCAGCCCCUGAGCGUCAACAUCUGCAGCGUCACCAACUUCUCCAUGAGUACGAGUGCGUCUUCCAAUCGGAAACGAACUCCACGAGACCAGGCCACAGGCCAAGACGCCGUCAUAACAAUGGCGAUGAAGCUUCUUCUCCAAGGCAUCGCAAACAGCGACAACAUGAUGAAAAACGGGUUCAAUACCAAGUCGACAGCCACAAUCAGUAGCCUGUUCUUGAGGAGGACUGCGGAGCGCCUUAGCCGGCCUUGGAGAGAAAAAGAAGAAGAGGUUGAGCGAGAAAAAGAUAUUCAGGGGGCGUGCUGGGAUGGCUUCAGGCCGCUUUACUAUUAUGAAAAACGGGUCAAGCCUAUCGAGAGAGAAAGAACCAUGGCACCGCAACAACCCCUUCCAUCAAAAGACUAUGUCAACAUCGGCGACGAUGCCGGCUAUCCAGGCCGAAGGAAAUUUCUGGAGAAUCGACUCGCAAUCAACUACCGACUAUACCGCACAAAGAAGGACUACGCAUUUCAGUAUAGCGGCGGCUGGGGUUUGAGGAGCAGAUAUGCAACGAAGUGGUUUGAGCAUUGUUUGAAGCUGUAUAUGAAAAUCUACCGACUAAUGGAGGAUUUCGAUGAAGAAGGAGAAAAAGGAGAAGGAGAAGAAGAAGCAGAGGAAGAAGGAGAAGACUCUGAGAUGAAGGGGCGUCUGUGCUGCGAGCCGAUUCAAGGCCGCUGUGCCAUGUUCUGUCUUCCACCUUCAACCGUCUAUUCCGCUCAUGCUCCUUUCGUUUUGCUGUACCAACGAGCCGCCGACCGAGAGCGCGACUGCGAUGCUUCUCCUUCGAGCGGUAUACAUCGAUUAGCCGAUGUGGUCGUGCGGCGUUCGUCUUCCAAGUUCUCCAACUACGCUUCUUCUCCUCCUAAGUCUGCAAAGCUAUAUCUGAAAGCUGAGCAUGGAAUUGUGAGCACAUACUACGGAGGCGCCGAAGUCACGGUCUUAGUCUUUAUAGGUCUCUACGUCGUCCGUUCCAGCAUAUCGGAGAUCUCAUAG